CCUUACUGAUGGGACCACCGAAUCUAGCUAGAACCAAGCGCCCAACCGACAGUACAGCGCCAAUUUUGGCUCAGCCAACAAGAACUGGAAGAAUUACAGUAGCAGCUGGAUUACCUUCUCACGAAAGGAUUUAUCCGGCCCAGCAUGUCACCAUACGCUGCCCUGAUACUGUUCAUGCCGAAGAAGGAUGGAGGAUUCAUAAUGUGUAUCGACUACCGCGCGCUCAACCGGAUCACCAUCAAGUCGCGCUACCCGAUCCCGCGAGCCGACGAACUUCUCGACCUACUUCACGGCGCCAAGUUUUUCUUGAAAAUCGACUUGCGAGGAGGUUAUCAUCAGAUUCGCGUCGCCGCCGACGAUUCUCACAAGACGGCAUUUCGAACCCGCUACAGCAGCUACGAGUACCUGGUGAUGCAUUUUGGCCUCACAAACGCGCCCUUGACCUUCCAAAUGACCAUGAAUGGAAUUUUCAGGGAACUCUUGGACAAAUGCGUCAUCAUCUACCUCGAUGAUAUACUAAUCUACAGCCGCAGUA